AUGGAUCCAGGUGGUGGAAGUCUUGGAUUGCAAGCGCAAGAAUCCAAAAUGCCUCACACUAUGAUUAUGCAGGAUUUUGUGGCUGGAAUGGCUGGCACUGCUCAUAUUGAUGGAGACCACAUUGUUGUAUCAGUCCCGGAAGCUGUCCUAGUUUCUGAUGUUGUUACGGAUGAUGGAAUAACUCUUGAUCACGGCUUAGCAGCUGAAGUUGUCCAAGGACCUGACAUUAUCGCUGAAACGGAUGUUGUAACAGAGAGCGUAAUUGUUCCCGAUUCCGUUCUGGAAGCUGAUGUUGCUAUUGAAGAAGCUUUAGAUACCAGUGAUCAUGUUUUGACUUCUGAUCUAAUAACAGAAACCGUCAGAGUUCCCGAUCAGGUGUUUGUGGCUGACCUUGUUACGGGUCCCGAUGGACAUUUGGAGCACGUGGUGCAGGACUCCGUGUCAGGAGCCAACUCACCUACGAUGGUUUCAGAAGUUCUUGUAACGAACUCAGAUUCUGAAGCAGUCAUUCAAGCAGCCGGCACUGUUCCUGGCUCCACAGUGACUAUAAAAACAGAAGACGAUGAUGAUGGCAAGAGUACAUCUGAAGACUACUUAAUGAUAUCUUUGGAUGACGUUGGAGAAAAAUUGGACCAUAUAGGAAGCGCUCCCUUGAAAAUUAGUACUGAGGUGACAAAUGAUGAUGUUGCUAAAGAUGAUGGCUUUGGUUCAGAGGUUAUCAAAGUGUACAUAUUUAAAGCUGAAGCUGAAGAUGAUGUCGAAAUAGGUGGGACAGAAAUUGUCACAGAGAGUGACUUUCACAAUGGACAUUCUGUAGCUGGAGUAAUUGAACAAGGAGGUGUUGGUAGAAUGCAGCGAGAAAAAAUGGUUUACAUGGCUGUUAAGGACUCUUCUCAGGAAGAUGAAGAUAUUAGCUGUGCUGAAAUAGCAGAUGAAGUUUAUAUGGAAGUUAUUGUAGGUGAAGAAGAAGCUACUUCACUUCCAGACACACAGCUUGAAGACACUGGCGUGAAUAAAACCUUUGUCCCCGUUGCUUGGGCUGCUGCUUACGGAGAUGAAAGAAGGCUACCCAGAAGAUACGAAGAUGGUCAAGCGGCAGGAAAUAACUUGGAUACACGAUUAGAAAACAAAAACGGUAAUGCAACACAAUACCUGCAGAUUUGUGAUAGCAUUAGCACUAAUAGAGUGCUAAAGCAAAAAACCAAGAAAAGGAGGAGAGGAGAGGCCAGGCAAUGGCAAACAGCUGUUAUAAUAGGUCCUGAUGGACAGCCCUUAACAGUUUACCCUUGUCAUAUUUGUGGGAAAAAAUUUAAAUCCAGAGGAUUCUUGAAAAGGCACAUGAAGAAUCAUCCCGAUCAUAUGAUUAAGAAGAAGUACCAGUGUACAGACUGCGACUUUACAACGAACAAAAAAGUAAGUUUCCACAAUCACCUGGAAAGCCAUAAACUUAUAAAUAAAGUUGAUAAAACUCAUGAGUUUACAGAAUAUACAAGAAGAUACAGAGAAGCGAGCCCGUUGAGCUCUAAUAAACUAAUACUGAGGGACAAGGAGCCUAAACUACACAAGUGCAAAUACUGUGACUAUGAAACUGCAGAGCAGGGACUACUCAAUAGACACCUCCUUGCGGUUCACAGUAAGAACUUCCCCCACGUGUGUGUGGAGUGCGGGAAAGGAUUUCGUCAUCCGUCAGAGCUGAAAAAGCAUAUGAGGACCCACACUGGGGAAAAGCCAUACCAGUGUCAGCACUGUGUCUUCAGGUGUGCUGAUCAGUCCAAUCUGAAAACUCACAUCAAAUCCAAACACGGGACUGAUUUGCCAUUUAAAUGUGAGCACUGUCCCCAGGCGUUUGCAGAUGAAAAGGAACUGCAGCAGCACACGGAAUUAUUUCAAGGGCAUAAGACUCAUCAGUGUCCACAUUGUGACCAUAAGAGCACCAAUUCCAGUGACCUGAAGCGACACAUAAUUUCGGUUCACACAAAGGAUUUUCCCCACAAAUGCGAGGUAUGUGAAAAAGGCUUCCAUCGUCCAUCUGAGCUCAAAAAGCAUAGCGAGACCCAUAAAGGUAAGAAGAUACAUCAGUGUAGACACUGUGACUUUAAAACAUCUGAUCCGUUUGUACUUAGUGGGCAUAUUCUCUCGGUUCACACGAAGGACUUGCCUUUUAAAUGCAAAAGAUGUAAAAGAGGAUUUAGGCAGCAAAAUGAACUUAAGAAGCACAUGAAGACCCACAGCGGAAGAAAAGUUUAUCAGUGCCAGUAUUGUGAAUAUAGCACUACGGAUGCGUCGGGCUUUAAACGACACGUAAUAUCAAUACACACGAAAGACUAUCCACACAGGUGUGAGUAUUGCAAAAAGGGAUUCCGUAGGCCGUCUGAAAAAAAUCAGCAUAUAAUGAGGCACCACAAAGAGGCCAUAAUGUAAUAUAUGAUCUCCAGAAGGAAGCAAUUUAGAAACUGUGAUAUGCUAAUUGGGG